CGUCCGUUUUAUUGGAGAGUUCGGAUCUAUGAUAGCAUCGUUUGAAGAUAUCUGUUUGAAGUUAAUAUUAUCCCAGUUGAUUCGUCUCCUAGCUACGUAAACCUACUGUUUCACGUGAGAUUUUUCAGUUUGUGAAGAAACCCAACUUUUCACGGUUUGAGCAACAAGAAGGAGGAAGAGAAACAGGAACAGUCACGGUGUGUGACGUCACAACUUCGAAUAAUGACGAAAUAAUAAAUGUACAGUUUUUCAAGACAAACGAGAGGUUGCUAUGCGUACUGGAAUAAUAGGAACAAACAUUGAGAGGUUGCUAUGCGUACUGGAAUAAUAGGAACACCCAUUGAGAGGUUGCUAUGCGUACUGGAAUAAUAGGAACACCCAUUGAGAGGUUGCUAUGCGUACUGGAAUAAUAGGAACACCCAUUGAGAGGUUGCUAUGCGUACUGGAAUAAUAGGAACACCCAUUGAGAGGUUGCUAUGCGUACUGGAAUAAUAGGAACACCCAUUGUUCAAUUUUUGUUUUCUUCUUCUAUCGGUUUCGGUCCGUACUUGAAUUAUAGAAUUGUUUAAUAGGAUUAAAUUAAUUCUUUCAUUAAUUAUAUGAAACAUUGCGCAAUUCCUUUGAAUAAUUAUUUAGCAAUUAAAAACAUACGUUUUUUAUUUUAAAAUAGAUAAUUUAAUUAACGUGAAUCGUACCAACAACACGCACAUACACACACACAUAUAUAUACACAAAAAAUUAGCAAUACGGUUAAGAUAGUGUAAGAAGAUUCGUCCGUUGUAAAUUUGCUAGUCAAAGAUUUUGAGAUAUUGGAUUCUGGUUGCAGUCUCAUCAUGGGUGUGCAUUCAGUUCCGGUCAUAACGAGUAUUAUUUUAUUCGGGUUAUUUGUACUCUCGUGUCUGACCAUCGAAGCGGUCAGCUUAGCUAAAGAUCAAGGUUCGAAACCUAACAUUACCAUAGGGUUCUUAGCUACAUUUACGGGAGACGGCAUCGGAAAACUCAUUGCUGGAGCCAUAACCGUAGCUGUCAUGAACGUAAACAAAAGACCAGAUUUGCUUCCCAACCACGCUCUACAGUUUAUACCUGCGGAUGCCGGUGAGCGAGGAACGUCCGUGGCUAUCAAAAAAAUGACUCGGAUGCGCGAUGAUGGUGCUGUGGCCUUCAUUGGACCUGAUGAAAGUUGUGUUUCCGAAGCCCUGGUCGCAGCAGCCUGGAACUACCCUAUGAUCACAUAUAAAUGUUCAGACCGGAAAGUUUCUAACAAAAACAUCUACACGACAUUUGCUCGAACAUUGCCUCCAAGUUCGAAGGUCUCCAAGUAUGUAAUUUCCCUCUUGAAGCAUUUUAAGUGGAACAAAGUCGUACUGGUGGUGUCUGAAAACCACUGGUAUAAACAAGCAGAAGAAGCUCUGGCUGUUCUUGCUAAAGACAGUGACAUAGAAGUCACUAAAACGUACUUUAUACCAAAUUUUUACAUCAGUGGAAGUCACGAAAAGGAUAUAAAAAAAAUCAUCGACGAAUCCUUCAUGAUAACGAGAAGUAAGUGCUCUGAUGAGACAUCUUUAUUUAUCAGUUGUUUAAAGUGA